GAUAAUUUUUUAGGGAAAAUUCGUCGAUGUUAUAUAUUUUGUUUUCUGUUCACCAAAUCAUUACAAUUUAUUCCAAAACUUGAUGUAGUGUAUUAAUGCAAUCCAUUUCCGUAAAUUAAAUAUGACAGUUAUCAGUAUUAUUAAAUUUUAUUAUCUGUUUCUGUUUUGAAUAUUUCUUUAUAAUCGACUCGUUGCUCUUCGUAUCACACUAAAUUAUUGACUUGUUAGAAGUAGAAAAUCUUGUACCUGGCCGAGUUUUAUUACUUUUAUACCUACUUGUUUACAUUUUGAGUUCUAUGGGUAUAGAUUUUUAAUGCCCAACUCUUUACCUAAAUUAGACACAAAAUUUUCGUAAUUUCGCUAAUAUUUUAUUGUAAAACCCCUCAUCGGGGUCCUAGGGAAGGGUUUUAAGACCUGUUCCGUAAUAUAAUGCAGUGAAAAUGGUUAAAGAGGUUAGAAAAAAGAAGAUCGUCUCGAUUCUGCAUUUUGUCGAUUUUGUUCGUGUUUCUCGGGAUGUAAACUAAAGGAUAAGUGAUAGGAUAGAAGUGUCUUGAGAGUGGUAUUUUAGAAGACAAAUAUUUGAUGUUGCGGAUAAAGAAUCAUUAUAAUUUAAAGAAAAUUAGUGCACAACACAUAAGGAUUACUACAUAAAAAAUUUCUAUAAAAAUAAUUAACGGAACAUAUGCCUUUUGAGAUGUCCAAUCUUAAAAAUAUCCAUUACGUUGUUUUCUAGUGUUAUUAAUUUAUUUACCUGUUCUAAGCCAUACAUUAAUGGUAUUAAAGCUUUAAUAAUUUUGUGAUACCUAAAUAAAUUAAUUAAGUAAAGUGAAAAUAUGGAAGACUAUUUUGAUGGUUUUUCUGAAGACAUAACAAAAUGGGAAAUUAUUAGAGAAAUGAUUGACCUUGAUCUAGACGAUGAAUUUCGAAAUGAGUUCCACAAGACAGACCCCAGCGUUCAGCUUCUUCCCAGACAAGAUGUUAUUCUUUAUGGAACCAUCCCAAAAAUGGAACAAAGAAUUUAUAGUAAAUGUAAAGAAUGUAGGCUAGUAUUCAACCCGAGAGAUAUUUUAUCACACAAAACAUGUUCUGGAAAAGCACAUUUGUCAUCUACACCUCAGAAUUUGAAAAAGAAAGUUAAAAGCAAAGGUAGUAGCAGCAAAAAGUCACAUUCAAGUUUACCUCCACCUCCUCUCUUCAAGAAACCUCCUUCUCCGUUAACAUCAGUGUCUUCAGCACCUAUUCCAGAGACAAAGUCAUCAUCAACAAAAGUUUCAACAAAAAUACCAAAAAUCUCUACCGUAUCCUCCAUUUCUUCUUCACACACAGUAACAACUACAUCUACAAAAUCAGAGACACGCUUAUCUUCUAGUUCUCCGCACACAUCAAAGUCCAAUUCAGUUCAUUCCCCAAAAUCCCCUUCAAAAUCUGUGUCGGGUACAGCACAUUCGCCUAAAUCAACAUCCAAAACUGCCACGAGUACUGAAACGAUAGCCUCCAGUUCAGUGUCAUCUUCUAGUUCAAGUAAUAGUAAUAGUAGUAGAUAUAAAAAAUCUAGAAAAAGCAAUAAUAACACCAAAGUUACUAAAGAAUUCGACCCCGAUGUUCACUGUGGAGUUAUCGAGGGCAAUAGAGGGCCGUGUACAAGGUCAAUCACCUGUUCCAACCAUAGGAUUCAAUUGCGAAAAUUGGUUCCUGGCCGCAGUAAAGACAUCCAUCAGCUGAUUGCGGAGCGUAAAGCUGCGAAAGAGAAAGAACUGAAGCAUGGCUCCUAUAUGUCCCCAAAUGGAUCGGAAGAAAAAGACAUGUUCUGCCAAAAUACUUCUUACGUACCUAUUGUGGCGACCAUUGUCAGCACCAUUGAUUCGGCUCCUACUACUACUUACGUACCUAUCAUGCCUAAGACCAGCACUUCAUCGACUAGUAGGUCAACAGCUACCUCAAUUCUUACUGCUAAGCAGUUAAAUAUGACUGAUAUGGAAAAUAAAUCCACCAAGACUUUAGAUGGAGGUUAUAUUACAAGUAUUCACAAUAAUUCUCAAGACAGCGCUAUUGGAACAGUUCCUGUAGUUUAUAUGCCAAUGAGUCCAAUUUCGGUAGUUAGUCCAGUUCAAUUUGUGCAGAUAGGGAAGAACAUGAUAUGCCUUGAGUCGCCUCAAUCUGCCAUGAGCCCCCCACUAACCGCGAAUCAGUCUGUAUUUCUGACUAUCCCGAGUCAACCAAACAACCAGCAACCAAACUUAAAGCUGUACAAGACCCACCCAAAGCCAGUGGCGAUCCCAUCGUACGGCACGAAAAAGGUGGGCGGGGCCAUUCUUCUUUCAAACCAGCAUGUGGAAUGCCAAAGAAAUGAUAUCCUCAUGGCUAUGAAUACGAAGCGGGAGGCGGUGAACAGCACACAGGGAUACGGGGCUAUAUCUUUAUUGAAUCAUACGAAUAUACCACACAGACCGAAUAUUUUAAAAGUAAAAAGUGCAAAUAAGGUUAAUUGUAAGAGACCCGCCGUAGAUAAGUUAAACAGUGUUAGUGAUAGCAAGCAGUUGCGCUUAGGUCCGAACGUGAAUGGGUUCAUUUUGCAUUCAGACAUCAGUGAGACGGCCGAUGCUCCCCAAUCCAACAACUGUAUACAGGAAAAAAUCGCUCUGCUUAAUAUGAAAUGAACUUGGUCAAAUUUAGUUGGAAGUAUUAUUUGUAUAAUUGUAUACUUUUACGUAACGUGUUUAUUUUUUAUUUAUUUUUUUAUUUCAUUGUUUUUAUAUGGUAUGUGGUAAAAAAUAUGUUUUAAAUGCGUGUAAAAAUUCGUUUUUAUAUUAAUGUAAUUUUUUACUGAUAGUAAAUUUCUUCUAGUUAACUUAUUAUUUUUCCAAAACUAGGAAGUAAUGUUUCCGAAUUUCUCUAAUAAGAAAUGGAAGGGACAAUUUUUGGUCCUUCUUUUAUUAUUUUUGGAAACGGUUUUCAAAAAUGAUAGUAAAUCAACUUUACUGUGUUCAAUUUUAAUUUUGUAUAUGUUAACAUAGACACGUAGGCAUGUGAUAUUUUUUUUUACAAACAUUAAACUAAUUUUUUCCACAAUUUUACUUGCUUUAAAAUAAGGUUUUAUGUAUUUUAGGUUGUAAUUUAUUGGUAAUUUACUGAAUGAACUUACAAAUUAAAAAUUUUUUGGUUAAGUUCGGUACCAUCGCAGGUUCCACCAUCAUCUUUGAAAAAUUACCCGUAAUAUGUUUCCUUGCAGGACAAUGUGACUGAAUAUAAACCUAUUUUUUUAUUUAUUGCGAAAUUCAAGUAACCACUGUAUAAAAUUACUUUUAUUUACACCCUGUAUAACACCGUUUUUGCCCCUAGAAGGCGAUCAGUGUAAUAUUUUUUCGAGAUGAUGGUAUACUGAUCGAGUACUGAUGUAGAUCUGUAAUUAUUUUUAGAUUUAUAAGAAUUUUGUCUUCGGAGACUUGUCUAGAUGUAUGCUAUGUGCUACUAAAAUAUAAUUUAGCAGCUUUUUUUCAAUAAACCUUGAAAAUUUAAAAAAAUGGUAAAUUACCUGUAAAUUCUGAUUACAAGUGUCUUGAAGCUGACAUUCAUUACUAACAUCACUAUAUAUUGUAUUUCAUUGUAAUGAAAUGUUUUUUUUUUAAUGUAAUGAAUUUUUAUUUAUUGAAUAUAAACUGAAAAUAUGUAAAUGGUCUUAAUGUAAUCUAUGUAGUUGACAUGACAUGUGCAGAGACUCAAAAAAAUUUAAAGAACAUCCGUUGUAUGUUUAAAUUUUUUAGUUAACAUCUCUGUACUGUUUGAAAACUUAAAUCUCAAAAAAGUUGGUGUAAAAUUGAUUCUACUUAAUAAUUCUUUUAUAAAUGACAGUCGACAACAAAUUACUAUUCACGUUUAUAAAAUGAGACGAUUUUUGAAUUUUUUUGGGUUCAGUGUAUGUUAACUAUACAAUAUCCAAGAAGGCUGUUCUUCUUUAGAUUUAUAGACGUUUUGGCAUUUCGUGUUUGAAAAGUUUAGGCUUUGAUUGGCUAAACAACCUUAUUAUUUCAGCCAAUGGGAUGUGAAAAUUAUA